AUGGCCGAGUCAAUACAGAGCGAAAGGACAGAGACACCGUGUCUCCAAUCAUGGGAGGAGAUUGCAUAUCGAAAGCGUACGGCGAGAGAUCGAGGCGUGUCCCGAUGGCUGCCCGGGACCCUGCCAUCCCUGGGACCUGACGAAACCUAUGUUCGGGAUGUCCCUCGAUACCCCGGACUUCUCACCGAAGAGCAGCUCAGCAUGACCGACUCACCACCGAGCCUGCUGCUACAAAACAUGUCCAACGGAUAUUGGAGCGCUGAGAGCGUCAUCCGUGCUUUCAUAGCUCGCACCGCCAUUGCCCAUGAGCUCACGAAUCCAUUGACCGAGACGUUCUUCGAUAAUGCCGUGAAACGCGCGCGCGAGCUAGACAAUGUUCUACAUGAAACUGGAAACGUUGUUGGGCCCCUUCACGGCCUCCCGAUGAGCCUCAAAGAUGUCAUGCACAUUCAUGGACAAGAGGCGACCCUUGGAGUUAUUGCGUGGGUGGGUCGCAGCUCGCAGACAGAAGACCGUCUAAUUACCAAGCUCUCCGACGCCGGUGUGGUCUUCUACUGCAAGACAAACGUUCCUCAAACCUUGAUGUCAGGAGAAUGUAACAAUUUUGUUUUUGGCCGCACAUCCACCCCGUUCAAUACACUACUCUCGGCCGGUGGGUCCAGUGGUGGUGAGGGCUCUCUCAUCUCCCUCGGCGGCAGCCCUCUGGGUCUAGGCAGUGAUAUUGCCGGGUCGAUCCGCACACCCGCAAACUUCAAUGGAAUAUAUGGGCUCUGUCCAUCUCCUGAUCGCCUCCCGUCACACUCCGCUGAGAACACAGAUGGAGCAACAGUUAUUAGGGCGGUUGUUGGGCCUCUGUCUCGUGGGGUUGAUGGUCUCGAGGUGUACACUCGGGCUAUAUUAUCCAUGAACCCAUGGGACUGGGAUUUCAGUAGUGCAAAGAUCCCAUGGAGGGAAGAAGAAUAUCAGGAGGGCUUAGGGAAAAAUCAUCGGCUUGCUUUUGGCUUCAUGCCUCAUGAUUCAGUUGUGCUGCCAAACCCGCCAAUUCUCCGCGGGUUGCAAGAGACAAAGAAUGCCCUCAGACGAAUGGGACAUCAAGUUAUCGAUAUUGAGCCUUUCGAUGGGAGGGAACUAAUGGACGCUGCCUUCAAAGUGUAUUUUGCGGACGGUGGGGAGCAGAUUCGCGAACUACUGAGCAUUCUUGAUGAGCCCCUGAUCAAGGAAGUUCAGGAGCCAGACCCAUCGACAAAGCUUUCCAUUCCUCAAUACGAAGCAGCUGCCAUCAAAAUCAAACAGCUCCGGCAGAAAUAUUUGGACAUUUGGCAAAAGACAUCUUGCCAAACACAGACCGGCCUUCCGAUAGACGCGAUCAUUCUUCCGUCCGGUGGCACCGUUGCUCCCCCACACAGUUCAAUGGAGUAUUUCACCUACGAGGCAAUUUCAAAUGUUCUUGAAUGGACAUGUGCAACGAUCCCGGUGACAAAGGUAAAUUCCAGAUUAGAUCAGAAGCCGAAACGACCGUUUGAACCGAUGUCUGAUUUUGAUCGGCGAAAUUGGGAAAAAUGUGUGUAUUACCCAGAUUUCUAG